AUGGUGAAGGAAUCAAUGAGAAAGUGUUCGCAUUGCGGGCACAACGGGCAUAACUCUAGGACGUGCAACAACAAUGGCCAUGGCCAUGGGCAAAAUAAAGGGGUUUGCUUGAAGCUUUUUGGCGUAAACAUUAUGGAGAAAGAAGAUGAUUCGAUGAAGAAGAGUUACAGCAUGGGCAAUCUGCAGGCGGCAGGCAAUGCAGACCACAACAACAACGUUGUUACAAUUGAUCACGAUGCCGGCUAUCUCUCCGACGGCCUCAUUCACAACAAGAAACACAAAGCCGCCCAUGAGAGAAAAAAAGGGAGGCCGUGGACCGAGGAAGAGCACCGGGUGUUUCUAGCUGGUUUGAAGAAGCUUGGGAAAGGAGAUUGGAGAGGAAUAGCAAGAAAUUUUGUCACCACCAGAACCCCAACUCAGGUUGCUAGUCAUGCACAAAAAUAUUUCCUCAGGCAAGCUACAUAUGAUAAGAGAAAACGCAGAUCAAGCCUCUUUGACAUGCAAUUUAAAGAACUCUCUGAUCAGGGUCAUCAAGAUUCUCCAAUUUCACCAACAAGAACAGCUACAGAAACUUCAUCAGAGGGUAGCAGCUCUAAAGUUCUGCCACAGAAGAUUAAUACAGCUAAUAGCUCACCACCUAAGGCAAGCGUUCCGUCUCAGAUUCUAAACCGAUUUCCACAUCUAUGUUUGGAUAGCCCCCCAGCUGCUCCGGUGUCUCCACCUUGUAAUGUUCCAAAUUACCCUGCCGUCUCAUACAUGAUGGGAAUUCCUGAAAAUGUCCCAUACACCCCAAUGAUGCACUUUGCCAGACCAAGCUACCACUAUAUGAUCAAAACACAUGGUAACUUUGCUACUUGUGCACCUGUUAUUUCUCACCCUUCUGGAAUUCCAUCACCAAGGUCUCUUCCAAGCAGUCCAUCUAUGGCCGGCCGUAUCGGUAUGAGCUCACCGGCUGAAAAAGAUGCUCUAGAGCUUAAAAUUGGGCAGCCUCAACCUUCUCAAGGAGCCAAUUUGUCUUCCCCUACUUCUGGUGCCAUCAGAGUGACAUAG